AUGAGCGCGGACUGCGCUGGUUAUUACAACGCGGAGAACGUGUUUGUUAGCGCCUUCACGUGCCCGAAACUCGACAACGAUGCGAGCGCGAUCUUCUGCUGCGGGUUCAGUGACGUCAAAUACUGCUGCGACGAUCCCAAUAGCUUUUUCCCGUACGAGUAUGGAUACAUGUGGUGGCUCAGUUUGGGGGCUCUGGUUGGUUUGUCUAUUGCCGCUGUGGUGUUAUUAGCCUUCGUCAUCACUCUAUGUGUGCUGUGCUACCUGUUUAUUGCUACUAAACCCCGGGGUUUGGACAAUGGACUGCCUCUACAUGCUCCAGGGUCAGAGCUACGUCCUCAGGAGGGUCUAGGCCAACCAACUGCACCAUCAGGACCGCAAGGGUUCCGCAAACAUUUCCAAAGGGGAAAACUAGACUGUGACAACCAGCCGCCUGAUCCAGACCACCUGUUCCAGCGUUGCUUCAUGGCUACGGUCACCACCAUCAAUGUAGAGGGAAAUUCGUAAACACUGGAACUUAAGAAUCAUCCAGUCUUUUCAAUUGUUUUAUCCAUUGAUCACGUUACUGACACAACAUUGUUACGGAUUUCACAAAAUGUUCGAUUCCAGCUACUACAAUCAUCUUGCGUUUUACAUUUAUGCUUUUCUCCAAAGUGACUUGCAGUGAAUACAAUCUAACCCAUGACCUUGGCGCUGCUAGCAUCAUGCUCUGCCAGUUAAGCUACAAGUACUAUAUGUUGUGGGAACAACAGGACAAAGUGAGUGACAUCAAUGCUGAAUUUUCAAACUUGCCUUUAAACUUUAAAUGCUCUAUUAUUUAAUUUUAACAAACAACACACUUUUCACUACUCUUUACAGUUGGUACGCAGUCUCAGCUGUUGUUUUUGAAACAAUUGAAACAGACUUAUCAAUACUUGAGCAUCAUUUGGGGCGGCUGUGGCUCUGGUGGUAGAGCGGGUCGGCUGCCAACCGCAGGGUUGGUGGUUCGAUUCCAAGCCCACAUGACUCCACAUGCCAAAGUGUCCUUGAGCGAGACGCUGAACCCCAAAUUGCUCCCAAUGGCAGGCUAGCACCUGGCAUGGCAGCUCUGCCGCCAUUGGUGUAUCUAAGGUUAAAAAAAGCGCUAUAUAAGUGCAGACCACUUACCAUUUGUGACUCUCUAAGGGAGAAUUUUGUUAAAGCUAGACAUUUGUGUACAUUUUCUAGCAACAGUGGCAGCAGUAAUCCCAAAUUGCAUUCAAAACUAAUUUUGUAGCUGUGUUUGUGCUGUUACCCGAUUUGCAUAAUUCCUUUUGUGAAUUGGACGCUAAAAUAAUGCAGACAGUGUCUGCAAAUAAACCAAGCUAUCGGUGU